GAUGUGAUAAAGGAUGUUUGGAUUUAGUGCUUUUAAGAAAAACUCAAUGUUCUUUUUUAGUCCUUGUUUUCAUUUGCAUAAAAAAAAUCACUAUUUUAGAUUUUCACUAAAUCAAAUCUGUAGACUUAAAAUAUGUUUGAGAAACUAUUUACCUUUUACUGUGAAAAGCUCUAAAAAGUUUCUUGUUUUUGACCAAAAUGCUAAAAAGAAGCAAAGAUUGCGUGCUGCUUUUGAUAAAAUUGAAGCUAAGAAAGCUGAUUAUCUUAAAAAAGAAGUUGCAAAACGUUUAGUAGAAAGACUCAUGUUUAUUAAAAAAAAAACUAAAGUUAUUUUUGAUUUUGGAUCUGGAGCAGGAUAUAUUGCUUCAUGUCUUUCUCAAGAAAAAAAUAAAGAUCAAUUUUUAGGAAAAAUAGAGCGUUUAAUUAUGGCAGAUGUUUCAGAAGAUGUUUUUGAUGAUGAUAAUUUAUCUAAUAUUUGUGAUUUCAUAGUAGAAAAAGUUUAUAUAAAUAAUGAAAUUCCUUCAUUUUCUGAAAAUAGUAUGGAUAUUGUUAUAACUAACUUAUAUAUACAUUGGAUCAAUGAUCUUCUUGGUCUUCUUAAACAGAUAAAAUAUAUAUUAGUUCCAGAUGGUGUUUUCUUGGGAUCAAUGUUUGGUGGAGAUACUUUAUUUGAAUUAAGGACGUCUCUUCAAUUUGCAGAACAAGAAAGAAAAGGUGGUAUUGGUGCAAGAGUAUCCCCAAUGGCAGAUAUUCAAGAUAUUGGUAGUUUAUUGAGUAAAGUUGGAUUUAAAUUAAUUACAAUCGAUGUUGAAGAUAUUAUUGUAGAUUAUCCAGAUAUAUUUUCUCUUAUGAAGGAUUUACAGAAAAUGGGUGAGAAUAAUGCCAUAAUAACCCGUCCUCAUAUUAUUUCUCGAGAUGUUUUGUUUGCUGCCGAAGCAAUAUAUAGAGAAUUUUAUGGAAAUGAAAAUGGAACACUUCCUUGUACUUUUCGUGUAAUUUAUAUGAUUGCAUGGAAACCAUCACCUAAUCAAUCUUUGCCAUUAGAAAGGGGUACUGGAAAAAUAAAUCUUAAAGAUCUACUUUAA